ACGGAAUAGACCCUCCUAAUACGAACUGCAUGUUGCACGAGAGGAGAAAAACCUCGGAAUGAGGCUGAACAAUACUCAAGAGUAUAUGGAUUACAUACAUCGACAUAUCCAGGCCGAUCUGGCAGCUAGAUAAUUUCGCAUACCACCAAUAUUCAAAUGGACACACCGGCGAGAUGUACGCAGUGCAAGCACUGUGACCAGGUAUUUUUUACAAGGCCUCUAUGGUUGGAACACCAUGACUGGCAUUCAGAUAUCCAAAAGCAGCUCUGUCGUCCAUCAAGUAAUACAGAAACGACAUCAGAGGAAAUCGAUGGCCUUGCAGAUCAUGUUUCUCGGGUUCGGAUAAGUGGCAGCCAAAGUCCCGUGGUCAUACAAUAUAUGAAGGGAAACUAUUCACAAUCAAACAACAUCAGGGAGGAUCUCACCGAAACGCAGAUGGUAGAGCGUCUGCGAAAGAUCAUGGUUGAAUACCCCCCAUACGAGGACGACGAAAACAAAGAGCGAGUGUCAUGUCAGAGGCUGAAGUGUGACGACUAGCUCAACUGGAUAAACAUUAUCUUUCCAAGUACUGUCGUGGGAAUCAAAUAGUUGUAUAUGCCAUGGUAAUUGACAGCUCCAAUGCCGGAG